CAGCCACGCCACGCACGGUCACACUGGAUGGAAUAGCCGCCAUAUUUUCUGCGGCGGACACAUAUUCUUCUGGAUAGUGGUUAUAUCUUCAGUUAAAUCGAAUCCAGAGGACUUUUCGCAAUCCCUUAAAGCAAACUUCCAGACAGAGCUUCCAGGUAAACUAGCCGCCAAGCUGCAGGGAUAACGGCCUCUCAGAUUCCCAGUGUGGUUGACGAGCAAAAAAGAAGGGGAAAGCGCGGCGCUGACUGACGUCGGCAGAGGCAGCGCAGCGGCGCUACUACUCCCACCAACACGAUUCAAAGAUAGAAACGACAAGGAACUAGUUGCCCGAAUCGGCGUAAGGCGAACCCAUGGUCCUCGACAUGGAAUCGGACGAUUCACGUACCAGUUCCCCGUCCAAUUCAUCGGAAUCUCGUUCGAAUUCGCCCAUCAACGAUAAGGACGAGAUUGUUCCGGAGCCAGACCAGGCUGAUGAAUCCGGUGGCGGCGGCGGCGGUGAUGUUCCCAUUUUGGAUCAUUCCACACGAGCUCCAUCCACCAGCAGUUCAUCGUCCAACUCCAGUUCCAGUUCGAGUCGAAGUGAUCUGUCGAAGAAGCAGAAGAAGAGUUCGAGCAGCAGUAGCGGCAGUGCCAGUGGGAGCAGUUCCUCCAGUGGUUCUUCCAGCGAGGACGAGCCCGACCAAGAGCCGGAUCAGGAGCAGGAGCCGGUGCAAUUGCCUGAGCAACAAGAACACCAGGAGCCGCUCGAGAUCAAUAUUGACACCCCCGAAACGAAACCCGAAUCCACUGCUGCUACGCCUACAAAAUCGGAACCGCCUGGCUCACCCAGCGCCAAAUCGCAACCAAGCUCGUUCCCCUCCUCUGCUCGGAGUCGGAGCAACAGUCUCCAGAUGUACAAUCAAGCUGCUGUCGAUUUGAAUAUCAGCCACGAGGAUCUGAGCGAUGUUAGCGACAUUGAGGCGGAUGAGAAGCGACCACCGUCCAAGAACUCGUUGAAUCCGGCGGAUGAUGAUGAGGACGGUGCCAUCUCUAAUGACUCACUGACCGCCCUAGGCGAGGAUGAUGUGGUGCAGCUGGCCAAGCAGAAUGGCAAGGCGACCAGCGGGGAUGAAGAGAUCGCUUCCUCCAAAGAAACCAAAACCGACGAGGCCUCCAAUGGCCGAACGCCGGCAUCUGUUUUGGAAGAGGAUUUGGUGAAGACGCACGACGACGACGCCUUAGAUUUUGAGGCGGAGGAGGGCGAGUGUGCGGAGCCGGUGAAGAAUUCACAGUCGGAGAGUAAAGCCAACGAAACAAACAAGGUUAAGAAGAAUGUUAUUAUGGUGCCGGACGAUGAAGACGACGAUGAUGAUGGCGAGGUGGAGGACUUAGAUGAAGACGACGCCGUUAACAAGGACAGACGCAAGGACAGCGUAGGCAAUGGCAGUCUGGAAGAGGGUGAAGAGGGCAAGGAUAAAUCGUUAGCAGCAACAAGUGUUAAGCGGAAAAAGGAAGAUGAGCUGGAGGAGGGUGAGGUGUCUGACGAGGAUGAAAAACGACCAGAGGAAACUGAACCAAAGCCGGUGUGUCGAUUCUAUACACGUGGCCAGUGCACCUGGGGCAUGAGCUGUCGCUUUCUGCAUCCCGGCGUCACGGACAAGGGCAACUAUACAAUGUUCGAUAGCCUGGUACGUUCAGUUCCCAUGCAGGGUGGCUCAGCGGGAGCUGGUGCCUCUGCAGCGGCAUCAUCAAGCGCUUCCGCUCGGGCAGGAGCAAGUGCCUAUAGCUCGCAUGCCUCAUCGGCGGCCGAGUAUCAUGACUAUCGUAAUGACCGGCCACCGCUGCAUCAUCGGCCAGCGCUCCUCCAUGCGCCCAGUAUUUAUGGUGCCCAUUCUCACGAAACUCGAGCCAUGCUGCCCGACGGUGGUCCUGUGGUAGUGGAGAAUGCCUGGGAACGAGGACUGCGCACUGCCAAGGAAAUGAUGCGCAAGGCCAACAAACGCAAGGAGCAGGACAUGGACUUUGAGGACAAGAAAAUGAACUUAACACUGUCGCCCGAUGAAAUGGAGAAGGAUUCAUAUUACCUCAAGGACCGUGGCGGUAGUAGCGCCCGAUCGCCACCACCGCCAUCGACCUCUGCGCGGGAGCAGCCUCCGCUUAGUAUGCCGAUGUCCAUGCAUCCGCAUGCCGCUCCCCAUGCCAAUCCCCGUGCUCUCCUGCCAAUGUUCUCGGUUUAUGGGCCGCCGGAUCGCUAUGGACGAUCUCAGUAUAUGCCACCGCAGUACGAGGAUGUGGAUGCGUACGGAAGGAUGGCGAGAUAUCGCGAACUGCCGCCCCAUCGAAUGCCGCAUUAUGAAGACGAUCGGAGAUCACGGCCAACGCGAGAAGUUAUUGUUCAGCGUGUGGAGGCCGCUGGACGGGGUGAUGAGUGGAGUGAUCCUUGGAUGCGAUCCAAAUCGGUUGGCCGCGGUUCCUACGAUCGGGACGAACGCCGGCGAAGAGACAGGCGAAGCUAUAGCAGUAACUCGUCGUACUCCACUUCGAACAGCUCGCAAAGUGAUUCCAGUUCGGAUUCGUCGCGAUCGAGCAGUCCCUCGGACCAUAAACGGCGCUACGGAAGUGGUCCGCACAAGUUAGCAGGCACCUCAGCUUCUUCCAGGCGGCAUGGCGGUCGGACAGCCCGGUCGCCCAGCCAGAUACCACGACGGCCUAGGCAUUCUUCUAAAGGAAGCCUCUCGCCGUCGUACAAGCGUCCAGUUUUGGAUAAGCGCGGCGCUGGCCACAGCCCUGCCUCCAAGCGGAAAAAGCUCUCGUCGCCGGUACCCAAGAAGUUCGACAAGAUGAGACGUCGGCGCAGUUCCAGUACAUCCGACUCAGACUCAUCGGAUACCUCGUACUCCGAAUCGGAUUCGGGUUCAUCGUCGUCGGACAGCUCGUCGGGAUCAAGGGACACGCCCCAGAAGCGAGUGAGAGCCACCGACAAGGCGCUGAACGAGCGCAAGCUGAUAAAGAAGCCCGCUGAACAAGCAACCAAGAAGCGUUCGCCUAUUUCCAUUGAGAUUAAGAAAACGUCGAACAUGGUGGGUGUUUCGGCGCUGGCCUCACCCAACAACUCAGCCGACUCUGACAAGGAGAAGGAGCACGGCAAUGGCAAGGACAAGGAGAAGGAACACAGUAAGGACAAAGAUAAGGAUAAGGACAAGGAGAAGGAUGGCGGCAAGGAUAAAGAUGGCAAAAAAUCGCGUCGCGAGGAGCUAUUAAAGCAACUGCGUGCCGUCGAGGAUGCGAUCGCUAAGAAGCGUUCCAAGCUCAACUGAUCAAGUUGGCUCCAGUUGUUUUUAUCAGCCAUCUUUCACUCUGUUACCCAGCACCAUCCCGUACCGAUUGACCCACAGCCCCCACCCGAAGUUCUAUCCAAUAGCCGAAGGAUCUUGUAUCGGCAUCAAUCAAUACUUAGAGGUUACGCAACAUUCGCAUCGUAUUCGAUAUUGUCUUGGUCUGUCUGCAGCCACUCGAUUGCAAUACAAUUCAAUGCAUUUAGGUUUAACAAUCAUUAUGUCCUUCUUUUUCCUCUCCUGACUACCGCCAAUUAUGGAGCAUUAAUACUAUGUUUAUAAUAGAUUAUAAAUAAAAAGCCAACUCUAAUGAGAAAA